AUGCGCACUAGCUCGACGAGAGGCUCGCCAGCACGCCGCGCCCGCCUGCGCCUCUCGUCGGCCCUCGUCCUCGCUGUCGCCGGCCUCGCCUCGUUCGCGCUCGGCUUCUUCCCCGUCAAGCCGCUCCUGCCAGGGUUCUCGAGUCGACAGACCUACGAGGACGAGUGUGCGAGCCCGUCUGGGCCGGGCGAGCUGCGCUCGGAUGCCUUCUCGCGGUUGGCGUUCGUCGUCGUGGAUGCUCUCAGGAGUGACUUUGCCCUCGGACCCGAGUCGCGCAUGAGCUUCCUCGCGUCACUCGUCGUCGACGGUCACGCUCUACCGUACACGGCGGUCGCCCAGGCGCCGACCGUCACGUUGCCCCGCCUCAAGGCCCUCACGACCGGAUCCAACCCGACAUUCGUCGACGCUCUCCUCAACCUCGCCGAGGAGACGUCCAGCUCUGCAGCGCUCGAGAACGUCGACUCGUGGCUGCGACAGCUCGUCCUCUCGGUCGACGACGGCGGCGCGCCCAAGAAGGUCGCGUUCGCUGGCGACGACACCUGGCUGCGGCUCUUUCCGCAGACCUGGUUCAGCUGGCACGAGGGCGUCAGCAGCUUCUUCGUCUCGGACACCGUGACGGUCGACUCGAACGUGACCCGUCACCUCGACGCUCUUCUCGGACCACCACGAGCACCGGUCGCUCAUCCCGUCGCGCCCUCGACCGAGUGGGACGUCCUCAUCCUUCACUACCUCGGUCUCGACCACGUCGGGCACCUCGAAGGGCCAGCAAGCCCGCUCAUGGCGCCCAAGCAGGUCGAGAUGGACAAGGUCGUCGAGCGCGUCUAUCGGUACCUCGAGCGGCGCGACGAGGCGGACGGGCAGAGGAGCCUGCUCGUCCUCGUUGGCGACCACGGCAUGACCGAGGGCGGCAAUCACGGCGGCUCGACAGAGGCCGAGACCUCGGCUGCCCUCGUCCUCGCCGCUCCCAGCCUUCGCCUCGACGAGCGCAAGCUGCCUGUCCGGCACGAGUCGCCGUACAAGCACUUCGAGGUCGUCCAGCAAAUCGACCUCGUCCCGACCCUGAGCGUACUCUUUGACCUUGGCAUGCCGAGGAACUCGAUCGGCAAGCUCGUCCGCUCUGCCGUUCAGGCUCUGCGUCCUGCCGCUUUUCUCGGCGGUCUGCAGAGCAACAUGCGUCAAGUGGGUGCCGUACUCGCCGCGAGCAGUUCGAGCGCGAUGGACUGGACGCUCUCGAAGACGGUGCCUGAGGGUCGGUGGACUUCCUUCGGCGCGCUCGCCGACGAGGGCUCGUUCGAGGAACAAGCAGAGUUUCUCGCAGUCGCGCAAGCUCGCCUUCUCGCCUCGUCCAGCUCGUACCACCUCCGCCCACUCUUCCUCGGCCUCGCCGUCCUGGUCCUCGCCUCUUUCGUGACCCUCAUCCACGUGCGCCGCAUCUGGUCGGUCGAGACGCACCGGGCGAGGCUCGCCGUCGCCGUCGCCGUCCUCGUCUUCCUGGGCUCGCUCUUCGCGACGAGCUUCAUCGAGGAAGAGCACGAGAUCUGGUACUUCCUGUCGGCGACAGCCUUGCUCGUGUCAACCCCGAGAUCCGACCUCAACUCGACCGACCGUCUCUCGCUCGUCGGCGCGGCCGCCUCAGUCCGGCUUCUGCGCAGUUGGGCGCACAACGGUCAGAAGAACGUCUCGAACGUCUCGAUCGCCGCCUAUCUCGCCACCUCCCCUCGCCUCACGUCCGCCCUCGUUUCCCUCACCUACGUCCUCGUGUCGGUCCUCGCCGUCGUCACUCUCGCCCUCGACUCGCGCGUCAUCGCUCGACAGCGCCUCCCGCCGGCGGCUCUCCUGCGCCGAGCGGCCCUGCUCGCCAUCAGCGCUGUCAUCGUCGUCGCGCAGAGCGUCGUCGGCUCCGCGAUGCACCUGUCGACCCUCCUCGUCGUCGGCGACGAGCCGAGCGCGCUCUGGCGCGUGCUCGAGCAGCUCGAGCUUGCCGACCAGGUGUCGCUCGCUCGAGCCGGGUACGGACUCGCCGCAGGAGGAUGGCUCUGGUGGCGCGUGUCGCUGCGGGUACAGACGUCAAAGACCGUGCCGAUGAUCCACUUGUCCCUCCUCCUCAUGUCGGUCACGCGCCCAACCAACGUCCCGCUCUUCCUCGCAUUCUACGUCCAGCAUGUCGCCCUCGGUCGCCUCGCGAGCAAGCCGUCCGCCUCGCCCGCCGUGCUCGCGCUCCUCGUCGCCGCUCUGCAGAGCUCGACCUUCUUCGGACUCGGCGGGUCGAACUCGCUCGCGACGGCCGACCUCUCGCAGGCGUACAACGGCCUGCGGUCCUUCUCCCUCACCCUCGUCACCCUCCUCGCCUUCCUGUCCAACUUUUCCGGCCCAAUCUUCCUCUCCCUCUCGCUCCACACCCUCCCUCCCGUCCUUCGCCCGCUCGUCCUCGACUACCUCUCGGCGUUCCACGUCGUCGCGCUCACGGCGCUCGCGGCGAGCGCGACUCACUUCCGCGAGCACCUGUUCGCGCUCACCGUGUUCGCGCCCGCGGUGCUGUAUCGCGCUGGCUGGUUCGUCUGGGUGCAGGUCGGGACGAACCUCGGACUGUCGAGGCUGCUCCUGGGCUGAGGAGGCGCAGGGUCUUUCGGUAGCUCGUCUCGCUCGCACCUUCGCAACUCGCAACUCGCACGGACCUCGCC